AUGCUCUCUAGAGCUCAGCAGCUGGAGAGAAACAUUGGCUAAGGAUGGUCAAAGCUGGGAAGGGAAAAGGCAAGGAGGGAAAAGGAUGAAGUGAAAAGAGCCAGGAGCCACGCUGGAGAGCAUAAACAGCAUGCUGACUUCUGAUGCAUGAGGCAUGAAGGAAACAGACUGUGAUUGACUAUGUGGACCAUCUGGGUGAUCUUCUGGAUUUCAGCUGUCCCGAUCAAAGCUAUUCCACCUGUCUGCGACCUUCUGAGUGUCCUGAAAAGGGAGGAAGAAAAGUGUGUGGAGACUCUUUCCCUGGAGGCAAGGAACAGAACGACUGAAAAUGAUCUGCUCCUGAGCUCAGGCAGAUGUGCUGGAAUGUGGGACAACAUGAGCUGCUGGCCUUCAUCCACUGUGGGACAGACUGUCAAUGCUCACUGCCCUGAAUUCUUUCAGAUGCUGACUGGGAAAAAAGGUUUUGUGUACCGAAACUGUACAAGUGAGGGCUGGUCAGAGCCGUACCCGAGACCUGACAUUGCUUGUGGCUACAAUGUCAAUGACACCACCAACGAGGCCAGACGUUCCUAUUUCAUGACCCUGAAGACCAUGUACACCAUCGGAUACUGCACCUCCCUUGUGACGUUGAUGAUAGCUUUGGUGGUCCUGGCCUCCUUUAGAAGGCUUCGCUGCACAAGGAACUACAUCCACAUGCAUCUCUUCACAUCGUUCAUUUUGCGAGCCUCAUCCAACUUCAUCAAGGAUGCAGUCUUGUUUUCCUCUGAGGACACAAAUUACUGUGGGGCAUACACGGCUGGCUGUAAGCUCACCAUGGUCUUCUUUCAGUAUUGCAUCAUGUCUAACUACAGCUGGCUCCUGGUGGAAGGACUGUACCUCCACACUCUCCUGGUGAUUUCCUUCUUCUCGGAAAGAAAGUUCCUCUUGUGGUUCAUCGCCCUCGGAUGGGGUGCCCCAGCGGUGUUUGUGGCUGCAUGGGCGACCGCUCGGCAGCUCCAUGAAAAUAUUGGGUGUUGGGACAUUAACACUGAUGCCAAUACCUGGUGGAUCAUUAGAGGCCCUAUAGUUGUGUCUAUAUUUAUUAAUUUCAUCCUCUUUGUCAACAUUUUAAGAAUCCUGAUGAGGAAGCUCAGCUCCCCUGAAAAACGGAGCAGUGAUUUCAACCAAUACAAGAGACUUGCAAAGUCAACACUCCUCCUCAUCCCUCUCUUUGGGGUCCACUAUAUCAUCUUUGCUUUUUUCCCUGAGGAUGCAAACAGUGGCACAAUGGAAAUUCAGCUGUUUUUUGAAUUGGCUCUUGGAUCAUUCCAGGGCUUUGUUGUGGCUGUACUUUAUUGUUUUCUUAAUGGUGAGGUUCAGCUGGAAGUUCAGAGAAAGUGGAGGCAGUGGCAUUUAAGCAAGCACUGGCGACAGCACCUCAGCAUGUCAGCGAGUAAUGGAGGGAGUGGCUUGACCCAAGAGAUGCAGAUGGUGAGGUCCAGCCCAGCAGAGCACAGGAGAGGAACCCUCCAAAGGUCAAGUGUGCUGUAA